CAUAUGUACAGAACAUCCUCUAUAACUUAGCUUAUACAAUAUACACAACAAAAGGCUCGGUUUCGCACAGCACACUUCCCUCUCCAAUGGAAAAUCAAUUCCCAGUUAUCAGUGAUUCCUACUGUGUUCCUUAUCUUAUCAAUCUACGAAUCAAUACAGAAAAAGGUAUCACUUACGACGCAAACAAUGUCUGUCACUUUUAUAUCAAAGAUAAAUUAUUCACACUUCACAAGCGACGUGUCCUGUGUGAUAAUCAAGGAAACCCCAUCGUCACUCUAUACAAGAAGAGAAUGACAUUGCAUGGGCGAUGCCAAGUUUUUAGGGGUAAUAAAAGCAAAGAUUCCUCUCAAUUGCUCUUUUCAGUGAAGAGAUCAGCAAUGAUACCGAGUGGGAUGAUUAACUUAGAGGUCUUCCUCGCUAACAACCAAAGAGAAAGUGCCUGUGACUUUAGAGUCAACGUUUGUAGAGAUAAAAGAUCAUGCACUGUUUAUGCCGGUGAAUCUCCUAGAAUUGUUGCCACGAUGGAUAAUAAUGACGGCUUCAAUGUUUUGGUCUAUCCCCAUGCGGACUACGCAUUCAUAGUGGCACUACUUAUGAUUGUUAGCGAGAUGAAACAUUAUUUUGACGAAAUGGUGUAUUUGGCCGCCGGAAUGGCACCACUUGGAGUUGGUAUGAAUUAAAGGAGCUCCCAAGUAAUUUUACUCAAUUAUGGACCUAAUUAAAAUUAAAUCAUGGGCUUGAUUUCUGUUAUAGAAUAGAUAGGGUUUGGUUUUCAUUUUCAGAGGAAUGUUUAUUUCCACCUCAUUGCAUGAAUUUGAGAGAACAAAAAAGCGUUAACAAACUCUGGUUGGAUGGAUGAUGCCAAAUAACAUUUGCAUCUUCAAUGAGCCACUACCAUCAAAGAGGUUCCUUGCUACACUAUCUUGAACACGAACACUCUAUCAUGCAAAUUCCCUAAUCAAAUCAUCUAUCUUCUUUGUGGGUAGGUCUUGUAUCAUACAAGCAUAGUUUUAAAUUGCAAUCGCGGUGGCGGUUUCUAGUUACAUUGUAGUGAGUCAGAAAACUUUUAUAUUACAAGUAACUGUAGGAAAAUAUGAAAAAUAUGACUGAUGCGAUCAUAAUUGUGAUUGCAGUUGUUGCAUUGUGAUGAGUUAAUAUAUUUUGACAUUACGACCGCAA